AUGUCCAAUAAAAACCAUAUCUAAAAAGCAUAAAAAAAGUAAUCUUUAAUUAGUUAUUUUAAUUCUCAUUUUCCACCUCUAAUUAAAGAAAAGUUUGAAACAGAACGUUAAAUUUCUCACUAAGCCUACGAUAAAGAGCUCGAAGAAAGCUUUUAAAAUCGUGACUAUAAUUAAUUAUUUAACGAUUUUUGCCCUAAAAAAGCCAAAAUAGACCACAUUUAUGGUUUAAACAGUGCAAGAUAAAUUUAAUUAUCUGAAUAUUUGUUACAUAUGGGCCUUGAAGAAAAUUACAUAACACUAGAUUCACGUUUUUUUUAUUGUUCUUUCUAAACUAAAUCCAUUAUUAAUUGGUAGCCUUUAUGGAAAGAGUUAUUAAGAAGAAUAUUCUAAAAUGAUAUUACAAAUACGAACACAUAAGACAUAAGUCCUUAAGAAACCUAAGCAUAUUUAUAAAUUAUUAAAAAAUUAAGACAUAAAUUUGAUGAUUCUUCUAUAUAAGAAGUUUAUGAUUUAUAUACUAAAUUAUGCGUUUCUAAUAAUGAAUUACUUGGAUUAAUAUUAAUAAGAUAUUUUUUGAAAAUAUCCAGGAAAACAAACUAAAGUUAUUAUUAAAAGAUUUUCGAUGAAACAAUAUGCACAUUAAAUUAUGAUUUAUCAAAAAGAAAAUAACUAGUAUCUAUAAAUUUUUUAUAUGAAUUAGCAAUAACUCAUCCUGAAUUAGAUUGGUAGAAUAGCUAUGAAAAUCUAUUUUCAUUUAUAUCAAAAUAUUAUUUAUAAUUACUUCCUUUAGGAUUGUCUACAAAAUAACAAUAAUAAAAGACUAAUUACCUUUCUUUAUAAAACAUUAACAAUUGUAUUUAAAAUUUAAUUGUUCAUUUAAUCGUUCCUUCUACUUUUGAUGAAAAACACUCUAAAAUAUGGGAUUAUAUAAAUCGUCUUUUUAAUAUUAUUAGUUAAUACCUACACCCUAAUUCGGAAGGAUCUGGUGCAGUUAAAUUUUUACUUUAGUAAUUAUAAUAGUUUAUUCAUAAUUAUAUCCACCUUGAUGCUUAUUAGAAAAAAAAAGUGAAAUCUUUGGAAAAAGCUAUCGAAAAUAUAAAAAAAAAACUAAAUUAGGAUUAAUAAUGUAGUACAAAUUAAGAUAAAAUGCAAGAAGAUCUAGAAGAUUAAGGAAUUGAAAAUGAAUUAUUAAAUGAAAAUAGUGUAUAGAAUAUGUAAAAUGAUCAUUUUUGUGAAAUAAAAAAAGACGAUGAUAAUAUGAAUGAUAUAAAUGAUUUAAAUGGAGGAAACAUGUUAAAUUAAUAAAAGUUUGAAGAUGAAAUUAAUGAGGAAGAUCAGGAAGAUGAUGAAGAUGAAGAAGAAGAAGAUGAAGAUGAAGAAAAAUCAAAAAAAACAUAAGAAGAAAUAAAAUAAAACCUAGAAAAAAAACUAGAAAAUCUAGAAUAGAAAUUAAA